CUCUCACCGGUUUCUUUCCUCCUCCCCAAGUUGUUCUCCUCUCUUAUUCUCCCCCUCCCGCUCGCCGCCUCCUAGCUCCCCGGAACCACCCGCAAGAUCCAACACUUCCUUCCCUCCUUCGCCAUGUACCGCGCGGCCGCCAGCCUCGCCUCCAAGGCCCGGCAAGCCGGGAGCAGCGCCCGCCAGGUUGGGAGCAGGCUAGCCUGGAGCAGGAACUAUGCUGCCAAGGACAUCAGGUUUGGCGUCGAAGCCCGGGCCUUGAUGCUGAGUGGUGUCGAAGAGUUGGCUGACGCAGUUAAAGUGACCAUGGGUCCUAAGGGACGCACUGUCAUUAUUGAGCAAAGCUUUGGUGCUCCAAAAGUUACAAAGGAUGGAGUGACCGUUGCAAAGAGCAUCGAAUUCACUGACAGGGUAAAGAAUGUUGGUGCAAGUCUUGUGAAGCAGGUUGCUAAUGCGACUAAUGAUACUGCUGGGGAUGGUACAACAUGCGCUACUGUUCUGACAAAGGCUAUAUUCACUGAGGGUUGCAAGUCUGUAGCAGCUGGAAUGAAUGCAAUGGAUCUGAGACGAGGUAUCUCGAUGGCUGUUGAUUCUGUGGUGACAAACCUGAAGGGUAUGGCGAGAAUGAUCAACACGCCGGAGGAGAUAGCACAGGUGGGUACUAUAUCAGCUAAUGGGGAAAGGGAGAUUGGUGAGCUCAUUGCAAAGGCUAUGGAGAAGGUUGGUAAGGAGGGAGUUAUCACCAUUGCGGAUGGUAAAACUCUUUACAAUGAGCUUGAUGUUGUGGAAGGCAUGAAGUUUGAGAGGGGUUACAUCUCUCCGUACUUCAUUACCAACCAAAAGAGCCAGAAGUGUGAACUAGAGGAUCCCUUAAUCUUGAUACAUGAGAAGAAGAUAUCCAGUUUUCCCGCGAUGGUCAAGGUGUUGGAAUAUGCUCUCAAGAUGAAAAAGCCUCUGCUUAUUGUUGCAGAAGAUUUAGAAAGUGAAGCACUGGGUACCCUGAUUAUUAACAAGCUUCGCAUAAACAUGAAGGUCUGUGCAGUGAAAGCUCCUGGUUUUGGAGAGAACAGGAAAUCUAACUUACAGGACCUUGCUAUCCUUACAGGGGGUGAAGUCAUAACCGAGGAACUUGGAAUGAACCUUGAGAACUUUGAGCCUCAUGUGCUGGGUACUUGCAAGAAGGUUACGGUAUCUAAGGAUGACACAGUUGUCCUUGAUGGAGCUGGAGAUAAGAAAGCCAUUGAAGAGAGAGCUGAACAGCUGAGAUCUGCAAUUGAGGAAAGCACUUCUGACUAUGAUAAGGAAAAGAUACAGGAGCGAUUGGCAAAGCUUUCUGGUGGUAUCGCUGUUCUGAAGAUUGGUGGAGCGAGUGAACCUGAAGUUGGUGAAAAGAAGGACAGAGUGACUGAUGCCCUAAAUGCUACAAAAGCUGCAGUAGAGGAGGGCAUUGUUCCAGGUGGUGGUGUUGCCCUUCUUUAUGCCUCAAGAGAUCUCGAUAAGUUGCAGACUGCCAACUUUGACCAAAAGAUUGGUGUCCAGAUCAUUCAAAAUGCUUUGAAGACCCCAGUACACACCAUUGCGUCAAAUGCUGGUGUAGAAGGAGCUGUCAUUGUUGGCAAGCUCUUGGAACAGGAUAAUACUGACCUAGGCUAUGAUGCUGCCAAAGGUGAGUAUGUGGACAUGAUAAAGGCUGGUAUCAUUGACCCACUCAAAGUGAUCAGAACAGCCCUGGUGGAUGCUGCAAGUGUGUCGUCUCUGAUGACCACCACAGAAGCUAUCAUUGUUGAGACCCCCACGGAAGAGAAGUCGGCACCUGCAAUGGGUGGUGGCAUGGGCGGGAUGGGUUUCUAACUCACGGAUUCGUGCCAAAACAAUGUGAUUAUGUGAAACACUUAGGCUAGUAUCAUUGGGCAGUAUGGAUUCUUCGCUAUGGACUUGCCAGUGUCUUUUUGCAGUACGGAUUCAUCUCUAUGGAUGAGGAGGCUAUCACAUUUUGUAUUCUUCGACAAGAAGAUUCAAACUUGAAACAGAGUUUAUGGUGGUUCCAUACAAGCAUUGGACUUGAAAUUAAGAACUGAAGCUCUUUUAUGCCUAGAUGGCUAGAUGUAGUCUUUUGAGGUUCACUGUGUUGACUAUGCCAAUGCGCAAUUCGCAAGAUGUGGUUAUAUCUGUAUACAUAGUAGACUGUUCCCA